CCACACAUUUAUAACUUCCACAACCAACAAAAGUAGUCAUUGUAGUACUUUAUAAAAAAAAAGCUUCUCAUUCCUCUCCUUUAGCUUCAGCUUCUUUCAGUUCCAAAACAAACACUUUCUUCUCAAAUUAUAUAGAUGGCGGAGGACAGCCAUGUAUUGCCACUUGCGCCGCCACAAACGUACCGGAGAAGCGACGAAGAGUGGGCGGCGCCGCCACCGGGGGCCGGCAGAACCAGCUGGAAAAAGAUAGCCCGUGACAAUCAUUUUUACCCCAUCAAGCAUAGUAAAAGCAGCAAAUGUUUCGUCUACUCCUUCACUCUACUUGUCUCAAUCUCCUUAUGUUGCUUAAUCUUCGCAUUGAUCGUGCUUCGAAUCGGUUACCCGAAGCUCAAACUCGAGUCGAUCCAAGUUAAGGACCUUAGCUAUAGCGUCGCAAAUGAUGAUCAUAAUAAUAGUCGUGUUUCUUUAAAUGUGACCGUGGUGGCAGAUAUCAAGCUUAGUAACGACAAUUUCGGGCGGUUUAAGUUUCAGAAUGGAAGCACAAGCGUCGUGUACGGGAACACGACUCUUGGCAUGACGGAUAUUGAAGGCGGGAUUGUCCGAGGAAGAAAGGCUAAGAAGAUUAGCGUUGUUGUUCAGUUGGAGUCAAAUGAUGAUUUAGCUCAGAAUGUGAAUUUCAGCAGCGAUGUGGGUUCGAAUUUGGUGAAGUUGAAUGGAUAUGCUCAAUUGAGAGGCCAAGUUAAAGUUGUGAAGUUUGUUACCAAGCAUAAAACUUCUUUUAUGAAUUGUAGCAUGAGCCUUAAUUUGACUAGUCAAGCCAUUCAGGAUCUCCGAUGCUUGUAAUAGUCAUAUCUUGUAAGUCAUUAGCAUUUUCUUCCCCCCUUAGACUAGUGAUAGCUUAAUUAGUAAAAUUAUGUAGUAAAACAUCUCUAAAAAAUGAUGUGACACAUAUGGGAGGAUUAACGUGUCACGCUAUCAUUUGCACUUUACAUGAACUUUUUCUUUUUGGGGGGUUUUGUUUUUCCCUCUUAAAAGCCGCAAACAAGUUGCAAUGAAGAUAAACUAACUAACUUCUGG